ACAGAAAGAAGCAACGAAACCCACAUUAGAACCAAGCAAAAGCAUCUAAAAAAUCAAAACACCAUUCAUUUUUCAUAUACAACCAUAAAGGCAAAGUUCAAUUAAGUGUUGCAGCUCAGUCUGUGCAGUUGGUAGUGACAUUUGGCUUCGUUUUUGGAAAUUUUUUCACAGCUUCUUCUCCAAUCCUCUCUCUCUUUCGCUCUCUCUUGCUUUCUCUCUAGAAUGUAGCUGUAUUUGCAGGGGAAAUUCAAGCAUUCCCAUCAAUUCCAAUAACCCACAAAACCCCCUUGAAAUUGAAGGCCAUGUGUCCGUUUUCUCUCUCAAUUCUUCUCGUUUUCUGAGUUUCCGAAGAGGGGAAUUUGGGUUUUAUGAUGAAAAUCAAAGGGGGAGGGAGGAAGAAAAGAGCGAGCGGUUCGACGGAGGUUGUGGUCGUGGGUUCAAUUCACGACGCCAUGGAUGGCGGUGAACUUCAUCUCCAUGGAGGCGACUCGUAUUGCGCUAAUGUGAACAGCAGCAGCAACCCCAUUAAUGGCGCUUCAUCAUCCGCCGCUCCUUCGACUUCCCAUUUAUCGGACACCCACCAAGAGCAAAACCUAGAAGAGGCCGAAGACGAUGCCGAAGGAGACGAAGAAGAUGAACAGGAGGGAGACGAGCAUGAUUUUUCUGCUCCUGCUUCUGAGAGAACCAAUCUCGAUGAGGGCUUCUUUGAAAUUGAAGCCAUCCGCCGAAAAAGGGUUCGCAAGGGCCAGCUUCAGUACUUGAUCAAAUGGCGUGGCUGGCCGGAGACAGCUAAUACCUGGGAGCCCUUGGAGAAUCUCCAGUCGUGCUCUGAGUUCAUCGAGGCAUUCGAGCAUAGGUUAACGAUGGGGAAGCGGAAGCGGAAGCGAAAACAUGGGGUUGUUCAUACUCAGACCAAGAAGAGGCAGCAUCGAGACAACUUUUCUACUUACAAUGUCACCGAUGUCGAAAUCAGCGUUGUUGAUCAGCGUCUGCCCUCUGCUCCUAUAAACAUGUCUAGCUUUACUCAUCCUUAUGUUCAUUCUCAAUCUGUAGUUUGUAAUCACGAAGGAGAAAAGAAUGGAGCUGUGACUGCUAUCGAGAGAGCCAAGCAAACCGAUAUUGAUAAUGUAGGCAGGAAUCUACCUCUACGAUUUGACCGAAAGAAAGACGAACGUGAGUAUGAUCCCAAGCUCAGUGAGCUCAAGGCAACAGUAUUAACCAACAUAGCCAUUACCGAUAAACUUGCGAUAAAUUUUCAAGAAGGCAGGACAUCAGAGAAUAACAGUCCUGCAGCUGGUCUUUCUAAAAGUGUCGCUGUGGAACCCAUUUCCGAAAAUCGGUGCACCGGAGCUAAGAGAAGGAAGUCCGGUUCGGUUAAAAGGUUUAGACAAGAGUCAACUAUAUCUGAACUGCCUAUGGCUCAAAAUGCAGAAUUGACAUUGGCUGUAGUAGACUCUGGUGUUGGAGUGGAACCAAUGGGGGUUGAGAAUUCUGGAUAUCACGGGGAGAGUUUAAGUCGCAAUAACAAGACCGAUGAAGCGAGGAACGAGCCGAGUAUCAUCAAGAUUAUCAAACCGUUAGGCUAUUCGGCAUCUGUGUCGAACAACAUUCAGGAUGUUUUGGUCACUUUUGUGGCUAUGAGGUCCGAUGGAACGGAAGUGAUGGUCGAUAACAAGUUCCUCAAGGCUAACAAUCCACUGCUGUUGAUCAACUUUUACGAGCAACAUCUCCGCUAUACUCCCAGAUCAUGAAUUGCAUAGCUAUGGAUGACGGUAUGACUUAUCGGAAUCUCCGUUUUGUUAGUGAUUUACAUUUUAGUGCUGUACUGCCUCUUAGUGCACGAGAUCGAGUGGUAAGAAGAUGGUUAAGCAAGGUCUGCAAAAUUUUAGUUCAUAACCGUAUAUCUCCGAUCUACCUCUUGCUGUGCAGAACAGAACAGAGAUUAGAAAUUAGAAGUCUUACAAAUUUUCUGGUAAUGAUGAAAUUAACGUUUUAUAUGUAGCUGCAUCGACGUUACAAAGGUUUUGUACAUAUUACCGUUCCAUGUUGAUCUCCUUGCAGUCGAUGCACAUGUUUAACCGUAUUUUCUUUUGUUUCUCAAGUGCAAUGGAUAGGAUUGAUUCUACU